GACGCAGAAAAAAGGUCUGUUCGCUCUCUCCAGUCUCCGUGCUGCUCAGUUUCUGCAGGAGCUUUCUGCAGCUUCAUUCCUCCAGGAUCGCCUCUGGUGCCAGAUAUGAUCAACCAGCUUCCCAGUGAAGUCAUGUCUCCCUGAACUGGGAUCUGUCCUGUUCCAACCUUUUUUUUCUAUUUUCUUUUUCUUUUAAUAAUUGGAUAACAUGGAUUUUUCAAAUCACAACUAGUUUGAGUCAAUCGCGGGAUCGAGAGAGAGCAGGCAGAACAGUGGGGGCUCCGAGGGGUUUUCGGUGCGUGGACGCAGCAAUCCAGCCUGCUGUGGAUAUGGGACCGCGCGUCUGCACAGGAGGAUCUGGACCCUUUGGAGGAGCAUCUUCCUGAAAGAGGACCAAGCCCGUUUUCGGGCAUUUUUUUUUAAACAUUUUUGAUAACUCUUUUAUUCCGGAGAGGGGGUGCUGCGAGUUUUACGCGACGGAAUGAUGCGUCCCAACCGCGGCUUCAUCCUGCUCCUCCUCAACGGAACCGCUUGUUUGUCUCUCCAGGUGGUGUUGGGUCAGGAAGAAGAUUAUUCCAGCCCAAAAAGCUCUUCAAGUGACUCCUCAAAGACAUUGGGUCUCCUGACCGGGCAGGCGUCCGUCUCCCCCCUGAGCCGCUGGAUGUUGCACAGUAAAAGCAGAGCUGCUAAUGCCACCUCUCUUGAGUUGCCCUACCAAAGCCCAGUCCCUUUCUCCAAACAGGAGUUUUCUAAACAGGAGUUCUGGGAAAUGUUAGGCAGCGAUCUGCUCAAACCUGACUCCUCCAGCUCCAGGGUCAAACGCAGGCCCAUCGUUAAGACUGGCAAGUUCAAGAAGAUGUUUGGCUGGGGAGACUUCUAUUCCAAUAUUAAAACAGUGAGGCUUAACUUGCUGAUAACUGGAAAGAUCGUGGAUCAUGGUAACGGCACAUUCAGCGUCUUCUUUCGACACAACUCAACGGGCGAGGGCAACAUAUCCGUCAGCCUGGUGCCACCAGUCAAAGCAGUGGAGUUUGACCUGGAGCGCCAAAGCGUGGUCUAUCCCAAGGACUCCAAGAUCUUUAACUGCCGGGUGGACUAUGAAAAGGUGGAUCGAAGCAAGCGCACCUCGAUGUGCAACUACGACCCAUCCCAGACCUGCCUUCAGGAGCAGAUUCAGAGCUACGUGUCCUGGAUUUGCUCCAAGCCUUUUAAAGUCAUCUGUAUCUACAUUUCCUUUUACAGUACGGACUACCGCCUGGUACAGAAGGUCUGCCCAGACUACAACUACCAUAACGAGAUGCCCUACUUGCCCUCGGGCUAGAAAUGAUGAGGGGUGGGGUAGAGGAAACGGGGUACGAAAAGGAAUGACCAAACUCUAGAAGAGGAAAUCCACGGCUCUGAAUGCCACAAUGGAAGCAACAAACCUAUUUAAGAAGAAAAAAAAAGUAGCCUGACUAUUGUAACACGUAAAAGCAUAUAUGCAAAGUUAACAACAGUAUGCAGAGAAGGGGGGCUCUUCAGAUGCUUCAUGGACUGGUGGUGAUAAUCUAGCAUCCCCAACAAACCAAUUCUUACCUCAGUCCUGUUCAGAAAUGUCAACUUCUCUCCAGAAUCUCUGUCAUCCGUCAAGACAUUUUUGAAUUUUGUCCAAAUUUCAUUUUAAUUACCCUUCACUAUAUCGCUCUCUGCAAAGUCAUAAAAGAGUCCAUGAAUCUGAAGUGGCCUCUAUGAUGGAACAACAUCCACUGGAGACCUGCAGACAAAUUUCAACUUUAUUACAAUCAUCAUAAAGUGCUUAGCUUUGUGUGCCCUCGAGUUGUGACUUUAACAUACAGUGUUUACAUUUGACUACAGAUGGAUAAGUAAGCGCAGAUUUAUUUGAGCUAAAACGACAUAUUUUUUUAAAUCUAAAACAACGUUCAAUCCAGUUUAUGUGUGUCCGCCCGCUUUAACCUCAACAGAUUCUUAAGUUAUGCUGCUUCCACAUAAAAAGAAGACAAAUAAAUUGUUUAAAAAUUGUUAAGGACCAGAACUUGGGAAAGGGCUCCGUGUGAGGGGAAUAACUAGAUUCUGCAGAUAAAAAAAGGCCCUCCACUCUUAAGGUAGAAGAGUGAGAGACGGAGAGAUUCAGCAAGCUCUUAAUUAAAGUGGAGAAGAGACGAGAAUAUGCAGCGCUUUCCAUUGUCCCCUCUGUGUGAAAAAGAUUACAUUUUGUUGCCGAAAGGAUUCCUGAUUUCACGCUUUGAUAACUUUGACUGUGAGAGGGAGAUUGCUCUCUCUCGACAAAUACCGUGUUCGCUUAAGUCUGCCCGUUAUCUUGAACAGAUGAAAAUAUUAUCAUAAUAAUUACAUAUAAUUUAAUCUCCUUCUAAGCUAAUUAAGGUUUCAUCGAGAGGGCAAUCCUAAAAAAAAGAAAGCAUCAUGUCAGCGGGAAAAGGACGUGCCGACGUCCACAGGACUGCUGUGAUGCUUUUGUGUGGAGCCAGCAGCUGAAGCUCGACCCAGAGUUAACUGCUCUCAUUAGGAUAAAUGGCCACUGGCUGGCCCAGCUCAUGUUACUCUCGCAAACAAUAUCAGUGGAGAGCUGUGCACAACACAGAAAUGAAUUUUUUCUCCUGGCAUCAUGUGUGCAGAGAGUCAACUGCCGUCCUGCUCAUGAGGACACAAUGACUUCCUGGUUAAUUAGCAACCGGCAGUCGCAGGUGUGAAGAGUCAGUAAACGUUAGCAUCAGACAACCCGUUUGACACUAAUGUACCUUGACGUGGGGAUAAAACCCGGCUUCCUGGGAUGAAGCCGUCCCAGGUGGAGUCGAGCCGCAACUGAGCAGUCCCUCUACAGUCAUUCUUUGUGGGGAGGGGGAUGAGGCGAGGCAUGAAUGCAUACCUUCAGUUGCACUGCACGAGGGGCCAAGAAACAGAGCUCAUUCAGUUAGAAGAAGCGGGAGGGAGGGCUUCUUUCUGCUCGUCUGAGCUGGAAUCUGGCUCAAAACGGUGCGACUGGAUACUCGCCAUUUUUGUUAUGCCUGUAAUGUUGGGUUGGGGGUGUGAGGGGCUGUAAGCCAGUGAGAUUGUAAACAAAGGGAUGAUAAGAAAUGAAGGCAGUAAAGCACAAGCACUUUUAAUAUUAGGAGCGCCCUUUUAAAGGUGUGGAGGAAAACUGUCAGUAUUCCAUGAAUUUUCUUUGCCAUUUUUCUCCUUAACCAAUGAAAUAAUUUAACUUUAUCAUGUAACGUUAUAGAACUUUGCUAUGUUCUUCUAAAAGGGUAAAGUGAUACUUACCUGCCUGAAUGCACGUCCCUUAGUUGUUUUUUUUUCUUUUCUAUCUCAAGCAGACAUAAUAUAAAUGUCUGCCGUUUUCUCCUCCAGUGAUCCCUAGAGUCCAAAAUCUCUUCCAGAUUAACCCUCACAUCUUACAAAGUCCAGGUGGAACAGAUGUUUUAAGUUAGACAGCAUCCCGAAUUGAAUGUCGAAUGUCUCUUCAAAAGGUUGCUUUUAUUUGGCACUGGAUUGGACAUAAGAUUUUCAGGGUUCCAGCUGGAUUGGGCAGCAUAAAACAGAACGUUCUGCCCUCCUCAUCCUGCAGCUGUCCCUGCCCCUUCUCUAUUCAGAUGUCUGCAUGCUGGGCCCCUGCUGUCCUCUCCCCGACUGUGACCUGGCUGGUACCAGUCUUCAUACCUGCUUGUCUCCCUCGUCCCCGGGGAGAACCCUGCGGGGAGUUCUUCACUGCUGCUCCUCCUACACACCAUUUUUGAGCUGAGCUAGCAAAUCUGUGAGCUUACAGGGGUUGAAAAGUCUCCCGUCACUCUCCCCGUUUUCCUCCUUAUCUUUAUCCCAUCAACCAAGUACUUGUGCACACACGGUCUUAAGAUGUUGGUUUAGGCAUUUUGCUCUCUUGUGUUCAAAGCAUCUUGCGUAAGCCGUUGGAUCAGGAAGACAUUUCCUGUCCUCAAGAACAGAACGCUGACACGCCCCAGUAACAUCGAUACCUCCUCCACCCCUUUCCUCAUCACGCAGAGCAUCUGGAGAGAAGUUGGAAACAGGGUGCACAGAGGGAUGGGCCGCAUGAGCUCGGAGCGCUGUACCUCUGAGGACACAUGGAAGUGAAGCUCCCCUCUCUGCCUCUUUACAGCAAUAUUCUCACGGAGACCCCACUCUCUCUGCCUCUCCGGAAUGAGCUUGAGAAAGACUGUUGAGUCGAUGUGGACUGGACAGAGUUGUCAUGACAGCAGCCUUAUCAAUUACCCAUCGGGUGUCAACAGACGUGAACAUUGGCAGCAGGACAACGACAGCCCACUCAGCAAGGAAUAGCUACAAAACCAGACUGUCAAAAACAUAAAUAUACAUAUAUAAAUAUAUAUAAAGCUAAGAGUCUUCAGAUCUGAAUAAAGCUGUAUUUAAAUGUGGGUCAUGCAGUGAAGGUUGUCUGUUUUACCUUUUUUGUUCCUGAGGGUUCUGUUUUUCUGUGUUACUUGGAUGAUAUACUGUUUGGAAGAUAUGAUGGCAUACUGUGGAUUCAACAUUUAAAAAAUAAAUAAAAACAAUAAAGUACACAGAAGUACUUUAAGCCACUUAUACUAUAGAGAAA